AUGGUUAAGUUGAAGUCAAUUGUUUUGCUACUCUUAUUACCGGUCAAUUUGUUCCUAGUGGUGAUCAAGUACUACACCAUUGGAGGCAUUGGUUCCAGAAAAUAUGAUGGUAAAAACUUGUUAGCUCUUUUGAAAUUGACGGUUUAUAGGACUGCUUUGCUACUUGGUCCAGUUGAUUCGUGGUUGCUUAAUAUUGUGAGUGUUGAUUUCUUGUUGAAGAUUGUCAAAUUCCAACACGAAAAGACAACUUCCAUUCUUCAUAAAUUUGGUGAAAAGUACGAUUCCGAUUCUUAUUGGUUUGUGCAGCAGCCAGAUAUCAAGCCAGAGGAUCCGAUAAUUAUAUAUCUUCAUGGCGGAGGGUUUUUCCUCCAGGUUCAAAAAGAACAAAUUGAAUCAAUUUUGGCAAUUUACCGGUUGUUGGACCCAAAGAUCCAACGUAAAACGUCUAUUUUAAUGUUAGACUAUAAACUAGCAAGUGACGGGUACCCAUUUCCAACUCAGCUUGAGCAAUUACACUCAACCUAUACCAGUUUGGUGAAGGAUGGUCAUACCAAUGUCACGAUUUUGGGAGACUCGGCUGGUGGGAACUUAUCGGUUGGUUAUUUAGACUAUUUGAAGCACAACGAUCAUGUUAUUCCUCCUGCUAAUUUGGUGAUGAUUUCGCCCUGGCUUAAACUCGAGCCGGAAAAGGACGCCAACACCCCAGGGAAGUCGCUUUUCGAUUCUAAAUUGUACGAUAUGAUUUCGUAUAAUACGUUCACCGAUCCCGCUGGGUUGUUGGCGAUUAUUGGUGAUUCUCCUUUGCAGAGCUUGAGGGUCUCGCCUGGGUCCAAGAAGCCGUACGACGUGAAUGAUUGGAAAAACUGUCCCACGUUAUCCAACCCCAAAGGCUCGGUUUUUGUUCUUGUGGGUGAAGACGAGGGUCUUCGUGAUGAUAUAUUAGAAUGGUGUCAUUAUGCGCUUGAUGUUCCAUUUUAUAAACUGGUUAAAUAUGGGUACUCUCAUGAAAAUUUCGUAAAACAUCAUCACGAAUUCUCUAAACAAGAUGGUUUAAGUGCCAGUGUACAUGUAUUUGUUGAGCCAUGGGGAAUUCAUGAUUCUUGCCUUUUCUUUGAAAAUCACUUGUUAGCUAAGUUGGAAAAAAAUUCAAAAUUGACUUUAGAUGAUAUUGAUGAUGUUGAAUUCUACGGAAUCAAGAAAAUUACAAACUUCUUAAAUGAUACACUAUAA